AUGAGUUGUCAAUGUAGAUAUGAAGAAGGGGGUGAUGAGUGUGUUGAUGCACUUCCACCACCUGCCAAAGGAGAAGAGAAAGAGAUGAGUAUUUUAGAACCUCCUAAAGAAAUUAAUAGAAAAAGAGAGGAAAUGAUUAAAAAGUUAAAGAGUUCAAUACAAAUGAAAGUCCAACAAGACAUAAUAAGAGAAGAAAGAGAAAAGAAGAAGGGGGAAACCCUAAUCAAGGAAGAGCCAAUUGUAAUUCAUAAAGAGAUUCAAAUACCAGUAGUUCAAGAAAGGAGUAAUAAACAAAUUGAAUCGAAGAUAAUAAAGAAAGACCAAUGUGAUAAUAUAACUCAAGAAAACAACGACAAUAAUAGUGAUAAAGGUAUAGA